CACAAGGACGGAGAGAACAGAAGGCCCAUCGAUGGAAAUGGAGGAAGGACUGAUCACCACUUGGACAGGCUGAAAGGGAUGACAGCUGGACUCACUAUGGAGGGUCCGAGGUGAAGAGCGGGCCGAGAGGCCAGGAAGGUCGGCAUGCUUGACUCGGAAGGCACAGCUGGGCGUUCCCCCAGCUGCGGGCAGCAGGAAAGGCAAGUGGGAGCCUUAGUAAACUCAGUCGACAAGAGCGGGGCCUGGUGGUGGUGGGGGGCGCAGAGCAGUCCAACGCAGCUGCUGGGGGCAGUGGGACCUCUGGCCCCUGGAGCAGCAGGGACAUGUGCCAGCUAGCAGGCCAGCCCCUCUUCUCCCUGCCUUCCCCCAGGAACCCGCAGCCAAAGGAGGCCUCAGCCCUGCCAUUCUGCCGCCAAGAACGUGGCCCUAAGCAGAAUUAUCCCCAAAUCAGUGAAUUUCAGCAAAAAAGGAAUUCUGCAGCAUGAACUUCAUUACAUUUACUUAAUUAUUAAAUCAGAUUUUCAGUGGACAUUUGAUUCAUCCAUUAGUAAUUUUUUAAUCUGCUAUUAUGUGUUUUCUCUUGGGGCCAUUAUUUCUACCCAGUCCAGCUUUCCCUUGUCCAAAUAUCCUGGCAGAUAUAAAUUUUGUCAAGUUUUUAUUUUCUCAUCGGUUGUCAGUUACAGUUUGAUUGCGUGCAGUUGUACCUUCACCUUAGUUUUGAGUGCGGUGUUGACUCGGGGUAUUUACUAUGCAUUGAGAAGUGUGGGGACUGUGCAUUUAAUUUUUAGCUGACCCACGGGGAGAUCAUGCGCAGUUUGGGGGGCCUCAUCCAGGAGGCCCAGAGUUAGGGGGAGCGGGCGUGUGGCAGGUCAAACCCCCCAGGUUGAAACGAUCUGGCCUAAACCUCCUGCUUCAUCCAUCACCAGCCUCCUUAUGACCCUGGAGACCAGCUCACAGGGAUCGCACCUCCCACACUGCAGAGUGUCACAGUCUGAGUAUGGGCCCCACCCCUUCCUUCCCCUCGGCGUCCAAGUCUGAGUAGAUAUCAGCUGUGUCCCCAUGUGUGUCACAGUGUAGCCCACCGCUCACCCUGUUUCCGGUGCAGCCCCCGACCCUGUGGGGUGGACCUGCUGUGCUCCCCUGCACCUGGGUCUCUGAAGUUGGGCUCCCCUCUCUCCUGCUCCCAGUGUGGGCUAUGGACCCAGGUGCCCCAGGUCACUCCGGGCACCUGCCUGGGCCCCUCCCAGGAGAGCACCUUGGGGUUGUAGCUGUGGUUGUCUCUAGAUCAUGUGGCCAGACUUGGAAACGGGGGUCCCCCGAGGGGGUGCGUCCCCCAGCCGGGCGCCUCCUCGUGGCUGUCUCUCAGGGGCAUCUGAGCCAGCCCGUGGAGGUGGGCGCUGGCAUCGCCAUCGGGGCCUCCACAGGGCUCUGGGCAUCCUUCUGUGUGUCAUCCUCUUCCUCACAAACAGGUAGGGGAGCACCCCUGGGAGGGGGGGCAUGCACACCAACCCGGACCACACCCCGAGGCCCAGCCGCCCCGGUCUGGCCGCUCAGGGAGGACCAGGGAGCCAAGCCCACAGGCCCUGGGCUCCAGCGAAGCCUCUCCCCGAAGCUGCGACCCCGCUGACCCUGAGGAGGCCAGGGCCCGGCUCACCGCAGCAGCGUCACCGCAGAGCCCCAGCCGGCCCGCACGUGCUCUGCGCAUACACGCACCCCAGGGCUCCCGCUGGCUCCCGCCCGCCUUGGCUCAUGGGACUCGGGUGGCGGUGCCGCCGUGUCCCUCACUGCACCGCGCGUCUGGACAGGGUACUUCCUCCAGGGGCGCCAUGGCUGUGGGAGCUGACGCACCUCGUGGCCUGGAUCUGGUCCUUCCACCUGGGGCUGACCGUGAGCCUCGUGUGGGUCUGGCACCGAUUCCAAGGUACUUGGCUGUGGAGGGGCCGCCACUGGAGGAAGGGUGCCUGGCCCAGGGCCAGCUUAGGUUGGGGUGAGGGGAGGGGGUGGGGCAGGUCUGCAGGCAGCACACAAGCUGGGAUAUAGGGGAGGGGACAGACUUGGGUCCUGCCCAGGGCACAGAGAACAGCUGGGUCUGGGCUCUCCAGGGCUUGACCUCAGCCAGAGGACGCACUGGAUAGACAGCCUCUCCUGGACCGCACUCACAUUCCUGCCCAUCCUCCCCUUUGCCAUGGUGAUCGCCAUCAGCGCUGCGCUUCUGAUCAAGGGACAAGGUACCGGGGUGGGGCUGAGGCAGCCCUACUGCCAGGCCCCCAGGGUCCCUUUGUCUGACCUCUGCUCAGCAUCUGGCCGCCUCUGUGGUGUCAGACUCCCACCAGGGCUGAGCUCCAAGGACAGGGUCUCUGGCAUCACCUGAACCCACCCCCACCUCCACAGGUCCACUUGGCCUUGGCAGGUGGAAGGGUCAUAGGCACUGGCCACGUGGCCUCAGGCUGCCGUGGAGUGGGAUUCAAUUAAAACCAGCUGGCUCCUCCCUUUGCCCCAGGGCACAGGGCAGGGACAGGAGAGGACUCAGCCAGAGAGGCAGUGCACACAGUGGGAAGAGCCCACCAAGGUCCAAGUCACAGACCCAGUGCUUUCAGGAGUCCGUGGGCAGCUCACUCACUCUGCCUGUUUCUCCAUCUGUGAAAUGGGAGCAGAGGCCGCUGGAAGUGCUCACACCCCGGGUCAGACACACAGCCCAACCCCACUGGGACUCCUGAGAAGGGGCGCAAACCCCAAGUCUCCGGAGCUCAGUAGGGAGGGCUCCGAGGCAGAAGGAACAGUAAGUGAGGGCAGGAAGGUGUGCCCUCCGGCGGCCUGUCCAGGCUUGGGGGCAGGGGCUGAGUGGUGAGGGCAGCAUCCCAGGAACAAGCCGGUGGGACGUUCUGCCGCAGCCUUCAAGGUCCUUGCAGGCCCCUAGCAGAGCCCGCUGGGGGGAAGGGGCCGGGGUGGGAGGAGAAGGGGGACGGGAGGGGGCAGCCUUGCCAGAAGCUGAGCACACUGCUGGCCCUCUCCCUCCCGGUGUCCUUCCAGCUCGGUGUCCCUGCCAAGAGAUGAGUGACCCUCCAGACGCCUCCCGGCCGGAGUCCGAGGGUACUGCAGCCUUGGCCCCGGCAGGGACAGAGACCCCCACGCCAUUCACGAAGGGAGGGGGGAAGGACCCCAAGGGUGCGUAGAAGUAUCAAGAGUGACACUUGGCUUUGAAUCUGGGCCCUUGGAGGUGAGUUCCGUCUCCCGUGGGCGGUGGUGGGACCUGGUGGACACCAGGCACCGCUUUCCCAACACAGUGAGAGAAAGCCACCGGACGUCCGGAGUGGCGGGCAUCUCAGCCCGCUUGGAGGCCGGGCGCCCCCCUCUUCCCUGGGAGAGGGGCUCCUCCCGGAAACACCCACGCGCCCCGUGGCUGUCGGCGGGGAUCGAGCCCGAGGAAACGGAGGGGACAAGGUUCCCUUCUGCCUCUAAUCGCCGCGGGGCAGAGGCAAAGCGCAGCCUCUGCGGCCGGGCUGGGCUGGGAGCGCAGAGGUGGACGCUCGCGGCUGGUGGCGGGGGGCGGACCGGGCGGGGUGCGAGGGGCCGGGAAGGAGCCGAGCCCGGGUUGGGCGUGGUUUGGAGGUCUUCCGGGCGGGACCGGGGCUGGGGGCGUGGCGUGGCGUGGCGUGGCUUCCCUCAGGACUCCACCUUCGAUUGCAUCCGGAUUGCGUAAUCGGGAAUUGCCCCGCCGGGAAGAACCCGGUCUCGAGGAAUCCGGAGACAGAGGAGAACGAAACGCUCGCCACACCUCUUCUGGGAGGAGGCGUUUAUGAGCUUUAACGCGAGGACACCUCGCCGGGGAAUCGGGAGGCCCGGACGACUUAAAAUUUAAAAACCUCUGCCCAUCGGUUGCCUUGCUUCGAAACAGAAAUUAAAAGACCCAGGUCGACCUAGACACUCCCGCGACAGAUGUGUGCGGCGCAGGAGCCCGGGAGGGGCAGGGGCGGCCCACGGUGCGGUGUGCUCUGGGAAGGAACAGGGUCCGAGACUGCGGAGGACCGGCCCGGCCUUGAGAGCAGGCCCCGACCCCUCGCAGUCUGUUGCGCAAGCAACGGGGCGGGAGUUGGGGAGGGCGGCUAAGUUCUGUUUCCAGGGAGACCAUUCGGCUGACCGCCAACAGAGCUAAAGGUGGACAAACCCCGACGGGCGGCCAAGGUCCUGAAGGAGCCCCCUAGUAAAGGUUGGCGACGAUGUCCUGACCCUUGAUUGACCCCAAACUCCUGCUUCUGCCUCUCCCAACCUCGUGACCCUGAGACGCGUCGAACCCCGCCAGAAUCUUCGGGCUGGUCGAGGGGAAGGGCUGAGCUGGAGGAGCGGGCUGGAGGCCUCGACCCAUGGUGCCCAAGAGGAAGCGCGGGCCGAGCGCCUGGGGCCGGUCUGGCGCGGCAGGAGAGGGCACCGAGCCGCCGCAAUCGGAGAGCGCUCAGUACUUGCAGCGAGAAGACAAACUGCUCUCGGAGCAACUGGACGCCUGCGAGGAGCGCGUCGACCAGGAGCUGCAGGAGAACGCCUUCCUGGACUGCGAGGCGCAGCGCCUGCGCGAGGAGAACCGGCUCUACGCCAGCUACGUGAGCACGCGCGCGCAGCGCUGCGCCAACGCUAUCGUCCGGCUGGAGGAGCAGAACCGCGUGGACCUGACGGAGAUCCACCGGCAGCGCGCAGAGCUGGCGUCGCUCUACCGCCGGCGUGAGGAGGGGGUGUGCGCGCAGCUGCUGGAGAUGGAGACGCGCGCGGCGCAGAUGGCGCGACAGGCGCAGGAGCUGCAGCCCUACAAGGAGCUGCAGCUGGAGCAGCUGGCCCGGAUCCGGGCGCUGGAGCGCGAGCUGCUGCAUAUGCGCGUGGAGCACAUGCAGCUGCUCCAUCGCAUGAAGCGGUGUUUCCAGGAGGAAAAAGCAGCCUUCGAGCGCGAGGCGCGCCAGCGCGUGCAGUCCCUGGCGUGGCGCGCGGAGCGGGAGGCGGCGCGCGCGCUCAUCGCGCACACACAGGCCAUCAGAGAGGACAACGGGCGCCUGCGGCAGGAGCUGCUGCGGCUGCAACGCCGGGCCCAGGUGCUGCACGACACGCGGCGCCAGUUGCUGGAGCAGCGUGAACAGCUGCGGCGCGAGCACGAGGACAUGCGGAACCUGGCCCACGUGCACAGCUGGCUGCGCCGGGGCCCCGAGGGCCCGCCGCUUUGGCAACCGCCGCUGGCCAACUCGCACCCUGAGCACUUCGCCUCCACCACGAUCCAGUCGCGCGCGACCUCCUGGGCCCCAUCAGUCUCGGCCUCCCGGAAGCCGUCUCAGGUCUCGUGGCGCGCGGCCUCUUGGGCCCCAUCGUUGCUGUCGAAGCUCGCGGUUCCCUGGGUCCCGUCAUUGGUCCCGUCGCGUGUUGGCUCCAGGGUCCCGUCGCUGGCCCCUUCGAAGGCGGAAUCACGGGUCCCAUGCCAGGACCCAUCGCAUGCGAGCUCCAGGGUCCCGUCCUUGACCUUGUCGCGCCCAGGCUCCCGAGUCCCGUCCCUGACCCCGCCACGCCUGGAUUCCUGGGCCCCUUCGCGGUCCUCAUUGCGUGCCGCCUCACAGAACACCACCCUCUUUGGGAAGUCCGUCCCCGGGUCGGGCUCUUCCCGUCCCCCAGUCGAAGGAGACCGUGAAUGUGACGCUGCAGGCGAAGGCGCCUUGGGGAGAUCCUGAACUUACCCGGAGGAAGGCCAAUGAGGCCAGACGGUGCGGGGGAGACGGGGGUGCGCAGGACGCGGAUUUGGUGAGUGGAUUAUCAAUAAAGGUGUGACCCCCCUCCCCACCCCUCUCCGCUCUGGCACCGCCUGCUUCGCUGUCCCGCAUUUCUGGCCGGCGCAGGGACCACUCAUUAUGGCUCCCAGUUUCCAAGCUGCAAGGUAGCUUGAUCGUCCUGUGCCCUGUGUUGUGUGUCUGCCAGGAUUGAGCAUCCCUCAACCCCACAGCUGACCUCUGGCAGGGGCAGAGGGAGCCGGCCACGCCAUCGUCCUGCCCAUGAGGGCUGAAGUCUGGUGGCAGAGAUGGACAUCACGGGCAUGGACAGGUAGUAUGAGAGCAGGAAGGGAGUCUGGCAGGCCAGGGAGGAGCUGGUCCACUGCGUGUGGCGGCCGGGAGGGCCAGCGUGGUUUGAGCUGCUCAAGAGAGCCAUGGGGGGGGGGGCGUGGGCUUUGUUCUGGCGCCACGGGGAGCCACAGGCGUUUUUAUGUUUAACCUAUUGUUUUUUUGUUUGUUUUUGCCGCGCCCUGCGGCUUGUGGGAUCCUAGAUCCCUGACCAGGGAUUGAACCCGGGCCCUGGCAGUGAAAGUCCUAACCACUGGACCUCCAGGGAGUUCCGGGGGGGAGGAUAAUUUUAAAUUUUGAUUUAGCUGUCAGUCCAAGUGCACGGAGGCCAGUUAGUAUGCUCUCCCUCACCUGUGGUUUGCAUUCAUCAACGGCUGCAUUGGGGAGGUGGAGCGUGGGGGAGACCAGGGCGGAUGCGCCACCGUGGCCCAUGGACCUGGACCCUGUGGAGGAGUUCAGACCGCAGCUUUCAAACAGAGCCCCCCCAGCCCCCGCCAACCUUGCCGUGGAAAUUUAGUUAAAUGUUCUGGUUCUGGGUUGGAAGUGCUGGUGGGGGGCUGGCAGCAUCAAACACAAAUUCUCUGAGAAGAGUUCACUUGAGGGACUUCCCUGGUGGCGCAGUGGUUAAGAAUCCGUCUGCCAAUGGAGGGGACACCGGUUGGAGCCCUGGUCUGGGAAGAUCCCACAUGCCACGGAGCAACUAAGCCCGUGCGCCACAACUACUGAGCCCGUAUGCCACAACUACUGAAGCCCGCGCGCCUAGAGCCCGUGCUCCGCAACAAGAGAAGCCACCGUAACGAGAAGCCCACGCACUGCAAUGAAGAGUAGCCCUGCUCGCCCCAACUAGAGAAAGCCCGUGCGCAUCAGCGAAGACCUAACGCAGCCAAAAAAAAAUAAAUAAAUCUAUUCAAAAAAAUGAAAUCUUGUUAUCAAUAGGUUCUUUUUUUUUUUUCCCUCCAUUGCGGUGUGUGGGCUUUUCAUUGCGGUGGCUUCUCUUUGCAGAGCACAGGCUGUAGGCGCUUGGGCUUCAGUAGUUGUGGCACGUGGGCUCAGUAGUUGUGGCUUGCGGGCUCUAGAGCGCACGCUCAGUAGUUGUGGUGCACGGGCUUAGUUGCUCCGCGGCAUAUGGGAUCCUCCCAGACCAGGGCUCGAACCCGUGUCCCCUGCAUUGGCAGGUGGAUUCUUAACCACUGCGCCACCAGGGAAGGCUUAUAACAACAUUUUAGUUUUGCCUGGACUUUUGUUAAGCCACAAAUUAGACAUUGUUACUCUUUGUGAAAAUUCAUCCACUUGCAUCCUUAGCAUUUGGGACACAUCUGUAUGUACGUUAUGCUUUGAUAAAAAGUUCACAUUCAGAACCCUGUUGGGCUGGUUCUGGUAGUUCCUUCUUCCUUGCACAGCUUUCCAGCAUCUCCCUCUUAACAAGCUGCUCAAACUCAGCCCUGGUCUGCCCGGCAGGCUGCCAGCUGACGGUGCCUGUGGGGAUGGAGGAGAGCCACCCCAUAGGCCCCGAGGAAGUGGAGCAACAGGAACUCCCCAUGCCUUGCUGGAGGGGAUGCAGACUGCUGCAGCCACUCAAAGAGACAAUUUGGUGGUUUCUCACAAAAUUAACAUACUUGUAUAAUAUGAUCCAGCAAUGACACUCCAACCCAAAGGAACUGAGAACUUAUGUCCACACAAAAACCUGCACAUGUACGUUUAUAGCAGCUUUGUUCAUAACUGACAAAACUUGGGAGCAACCCAGAUGUCCUCCAGUAGGUGAGUAGAUAAAUACAUGGCGGUCCAUCCAGAAAAUGAAAUAUUAAUCAGCACUAAAAAGAAAUGAGCUAUCAGCCGUGGAAAGACACGGAGGAACCUUAAAUGCAAAUCACUAAAUGAAAGAAGCCAACCUAAAAAGGCUGCACAUUGCAUGAUUCCGACUCUGUGACAUUCUGGGCAAGUCAGAACCAUGGCGACAGUUAAAAGAUUAGUGGUUGGGCUUCCCUGGUGGCACAGUGGUUAAGAAUCCGCCUGCCAAUGCAGGGGACACGGGUUCCAGCCUUGGUCUGGGAAGAUCUCACAUGCCGUGGAGCAACUAACCCUGUGCGCUGCAACUACUGAGCCUGCGCUCUAGAGCCUGCGAGCCACAACUACUGAAGCCCACGGGCCUAGAGCCCAUGCUCCACAACAAGACAAGCCACUGCAAUGAGAAGCCCACACACCGCAACAAAGAGUAGCCCCCGCUCUCCACAACUAGAGAAAGCCCGCACGCAGCAACGGAGACCCAAAGCAGCCCAAAGUAAUUUUUUUUUAAUUAUUAAAAAAAAAAAAAGACAGAGACACAGAGGACCACACCUGUGUCAGCAGAGCCGAGGCUGGAGCCCUGUGGCCACGAGCCAAGGGGUGCCAAGGAUGGCCGGCGCCAUGAGAAGCUAGAGAGAGGGAGGCUUCAGAGGCAGCACGGCCCGGCUGGUGCCUUGACCUCACACUCUGGCCUGUAGAGCUGAGACAGUAAGUUCUGUUGUCCUCAGCCACCCAGAUUGUGGCACUCCGUCACGGCCGUCCCAGGAGACCGAUACAGCCAUGCAUGCAGACAUCAGCUCAGGAGGUGGCCUCCCGGGGGACACGUGUCACGACGCUGUUAGAAGAAUGGGGACGCGGAAGGG